UCCCUGCUCUCUUUGUCUCACUCUGCAUCUCUCUUCCUCCGAAAACAGAAAGCGGAACCCUAGCAGCAAUGGCAUCCAUGCUGCAACCUCAAAUCAUUCUUUUGAAAGAAGGGACAGACACUUCCCAGGGGAAGGCUCAGCUAGUCAGCAACAUCAACGCUUGCACCGCCGUGGCUGAUGUGGUUAGAAUGACCCUGGGGCCCAGGGGCAUGGAUAAACUCAUCCACGAUGGCAAAGGAAAUGUAACCAUUUCCAACGAUGGCGCCACCAUCAUGAAGCUUCUUGAUAUUGUCCAUCCUGCCGCCAAGAUCCUCGUUGAUAUUGCCAAAUCUCAGGACUCCGAGGUUGGUGAUGGUACUACAACUGUUGUACUGCUAGCCGGAGAAUUUUUGAAAGAGGCCAAGCCUUUUGUUGAGGAUGGAGUCCAUCCUCAAAAUCUUAUCCGUAGUUAUCGAACUGCUUGCAAUUUGGCUAUUGAGAAGAUCAAAGAACUUGCUGUCAGUAUAGAGGGUAAAAGUCUAGAAGAGAAGAAAAGCUUCUUAGCUAAAUGUGCUGCAACAACACUUUCUUCAAAACUCAUUGGUGGAGAAAAGGAGUUCUUUGCAUCAAUGGUUGUGGAUGCUGUUAUUGCCAUUGGCAAUGAAGAUAGAUUAAAUAUGAUUGGAAUUAAGAAGGUUCCUGGUGGUAAUAUGAGGGACUCUUUUUUGGUUAAUGGUGUUGCCUUUAAAAAGACAUUUUCAUAUGCUGGUUUCGAACAGCAGCCAAAGAAGUUUUUGAAUCCCAAAAUACUUCUGUUAAACAUCGAGUUGGAACUGAAAUCUGAGAAAGAGAAUGCUGAGAUAAGACUUUCAGAUCCAUCACAAUAUCAAUCAAUUGUUGAUGCGGAAUGGAAUAUCAUUUACGACAAGUUGGAUAAAUGUGUGAAGAGUGGUGUAAAAGUUGUUCUCUCACGGUUGGCUAUUGGUGAUUUGGCAACACAGUAUUUUGCCGACAGAGAUAUUUUCUGUGCUGGUCGUGUAACUGAGGAAGAUCUUCACCGGGUGGCUGCUGCAACUGGUGGAACCAUACAGACAUCUGUUAACAACAUAAUUGAUGAGGUUCUGGGAACAUGUGAGGUUUUUGAGGAAAAGCAGGUUGGAAAUGAAAGGUUUAAUAUAUUCAGUGGUUGCCCGUCAGGACGGACAGCUACCAUAGUUCUACGUGGUGGAGCUGAUCAGUUCAUUGAAGAAGCUGAGAGGAGCUUACACGAUGCAAUUAUGAUUGUUAGAAGAGCUUUGAAGAACUCUACUGUAGUUGCUGGAGGUGGUGCAAUAGAUAUGGAGAUAAGUAGAUACUUGAGGCAGCACGCACGCACAAUAGCUGGAAAAUCUCAACUUUUUAUCAACUCUUAUGCAAAAGCACUUGAGGUUAUCCCACGGCAGCUUUGUGACAAUGCUGGCUUUGACGCAACAGAUGUGCUGAACAAAUUAAGGCAGAAGCAUGCACUUCCAUCUGGUGAGGGUGCACCUUAUGGAGUGGACAUCAACACUGGUGGAAUACUAGAUUCAUUUGCAAACUUUGUGUGGGAGCCAUCAGUUGUAAAGAUCAAUGCCAUCAAUGCUGCAACUGAAGCUGCAUGUCUUAUUCUUAGCGUCGAUGAGACUGUCAAGAAUCCCAAGUCGGAGAGUGCACAAGGAGAAGCUGCUGCAAGUGCCAUGGGCGGCAGAGGGCGUGGAGGUGGUUUCCCUGGCCGUGGAAUGAGGAGGCGAUAGGGAUUCUCUACAACCCCUCGUUUUUGUUAUCAGAAUUGGUGUCUAAUUUAAUCAGAAAAUGAGAGGUUUUAGUUAAUUUAGUUUUUUUUUUUAUUUAUUCCUUUGUAUUCGGAUGUGGGAUUGAAUGCUUAGCUGCUUUUUGAAGUGUGGCUGCUGCGUUCAUUUGCUGUAGGAAACUAUACUCCUCCCAUUGUUCUGUUUUUCAAAGGGAUUUUUGUCAGGACAUGAAACCGAAUUAAACCCCAUUCCUGUGUGGAUGUUGAAAUUUUAGGGUUAAAUCUUGAAGAAAAAACAUAAUUGAAUUUCA